CUUCUCUACAUCAUUUGUGAAGCCGACGCUUCUGCAUCGGAAAGAACGGAAGAGAGAGCUUGGUUAUUUGGCAUUUCCAUAAUUUUCAAAUCUUAUUGUUGGUCAAUUGUCGAUGGCUGCAACGGCAACUGUAACUGCAAAAGCUCCAUCCAGUGGUCCACGUUAUGCACCGGCGGAUCCUACACUUCCGAAGCCAUGGAGAGGUCUUGUUGAUGGGAGCACUGGGAAUCUUUACUUUUGGAAUCCGGAGACCAAUGUCACACAGUAUGAAAGGCCAGUUGCUUCCUCACAUGCCGGCCUGCAUUUGCCUCAGAAGUCUUCUUUUGCCCCUAUAAGUUCCUCGGUCCAAAUUCAGCAGUCUUCUCAAGGACAACAUGGUAAUAGUGGUAGUGAAGAAGAUCUGCGAUACCAUGGAAAUGCUAUUGGUGGGUCAAAAGUUGCAACAUCUCCUGGAUCAAGGAAUCAUCAGAGUUCAAAAGGUGGCAGUGUAUAUUCUCAUCAUGUCCUGAAUGAGCCUAGUGCACAGGCUACAAAGUCAUCAAGCAGAGGGCUUGGGUCUUCAGAUACAGGGAGUGGUUCAUCUGCAGAGUCCUAUCGCCGACACCAUGAAAUAACUGUUUCUGGAGAUAAUGUGCCUGCACCUUUUACAUCAUUUGAAUCUAGUGGUUUUCCUGCAGAGAUUCUUAAAGAGGUACAACAUGCUGGGUUCAGUGCACCAACCCCUAUUCAGGCCCAGACAUGGCCUAUCGCUCUUCAAAGUCGUGAUAUUGUAGCUAUUGCCAAGACAGGCUCAGGAAAAACCUUGGGCUACCUAGUUCCAGGGUUCAUUCAUCUCAAACGCUGCCGCAAGAAUUCUCAGCUUGGUCCAACUGUUUUGGUACUCUCACCAACUAGGGAAUUGGCUACGCAGAUACUAGAUGAAGUGGUGAAGUUUGGUAGAUCAUCAAGAAUCUCGUGCACGUGUUUAUAUGGAGGUGCUCCAAAAGGUCCCCAGCUGAGGGAUCUGGACCGAGGAGCAGAUAUUGUGGUUGCUACUCCUGGCCGUCUGAAUGAUAUUCUGGAAAUGAAGAGAAUUAGCCUGAGUCAAGUUUCAUACAUGGUGCUUGAUGAGGCAGACCGUAUGCUAGACAUGGGUUUUGAACCUCAAAUACGGAAGAUAGUUAACGAGAUACCCGCACGUCGACAAACCCUCAUGUACACUGCAACAUGGCCAAAGGAGGUCCGUAAAAUUGCGGCUGAUUUACUGGUUAACCCAGUCCAGGUUAACAUUGGCAACAUAGAUGAGCUUGUUGCCAACAAAUCCAUCACUCAGUAUGUUGAAGUGGUAGCACAUAUGGAGAAGCAAAGGCGGUUAGAGCAGAUUCUGCGCUCACAAGAACCUGGGUCUAAAUGCAUUGUCUUCUGCUCUACCAAGAAGAUGUGUGACCAGCUUACUCGUACAAUAGGCCACCAGUUUGGAGCUGCUGCCAUUCAUGGAGACAAAUCUCAGGGUGAGAGGGAUUCGGUGUUGAACCAGUUUCGCAGUGGGAGGUCUCCUAUACUUGUAGCAACUGAUGUUGCUGCUCGAGGCUUGGAUGUUAAAGAUAUCAGGUAG